CCAACCCUCGACACCCGGCGACGGAUUUUUUUCGACUUUCUCUCUCAAAGUCGAUAAAUUUCGCUGUCAAGGUCUCGUCAGGCCUUUCUUUCUCUCGUUCCCCCCCUUCUCUGCCUAUUCCAGGCCUGGCUCAAGAGAUCGGUUUUCCCUGAUCUUUUCGCAGAUUGUUGCUGCAGUCUGUGGAUCCUUGGUGACCCGACACCUCCAACGUCGCCAACCUUAUUCUGCGGAUACAAAAAGGCACGCCUUUGUUGUGCGUUUGCCAGUCCUAGUUCACCUCGCUAUCUCUUUAUUCUUUUCACGACUAUAUUUUCACGACCCAACCCCCCAUCCGACUUCUUCUGUCUACUGAAGUUUUCAGCAAGCAGAAAGUCUCGCAAAUAGACCACGAGUUUACGGCCUUCUUACUUGAAGUGGGCUGUUUUCUCUCGUCUAUUAUCUCUAGUAACAGAUGCCAGUUCCCGUACCUUGUGUUCCCAUACAACCUGCGCACCCGGUCAUCAAGCCACGUCCAGCUGACAACGGCAAGACAAAUCCGUUCCGGAAUCUAACACGUACUCUCCCCGUGUCUCCAACAGGCCCUCCUCCAUCUUUCGGCACUCGUGAAGAGUGGAUCAGUUCCUUGCCAUCCUGGAGAAGGAGCAAGCCACGCCGAAUCUGGGAAGAAGAGGCCAACUCUGAACGUUCUUGGUCUCAUCAGGAUUUUCAUCAAGGGUUAGCAGUCGCGGACAACGCUUCUGUUAUUAAAGGAUCUCGCGCUGAAGCGUGUCUUCCGCCCUUGUCCUCUCAGGAACCAAUGAUUGUUCAGGUUCAGGACGACGUGGACGAAAUGUACCCUCCCCACGUCAUCGAUCACCGUGGCUAUUGUGUACAGCCUCACAUCGACGACGGAACCUAUGACAAUGGUAUGGAUGCCCCUAGCUGCGACGUUGAGGCAGUUGAUGACAUGUAUGAGGGUGGUGCCUCUAGUGAAGACGAGUCUCCGAGCGGAAGUACAGGUCAUGAUUUUGGCUCAAGUCCUUUGGAGCCUCUCACCCCCUUCGUAGAUUACGUUGAUGAGGCGGCCACAGCUGGCCAUUAUGCCGCUGACGAGUAUCAUUACCGAUGCCACCAAAGCAAGGCCGCACAGUUCUUCUCUCUCCCGCUCAUUGCCGAUGUCCCCCAAGAACCGGUACCAGCAUCCGCAGCCGUACCCGACCUCGUUGCACCUACAGCUACCGCGGGGUAUCGGAAACUUUCCGAACCAUUGUCCGAGUGGAUUGCCAACUUCGUUUGGAAAGCUUGCACUACUGGGAGCAACGUGCCGUCCUUCAUUACUCGUUCACCGAUCAGCCCCACAAAGCCGUAUCCUGCGUCUCCACCCUCGUACUUGUCGACUUCAGUCCAUUCCUUGUUACUCUCCACCUUACUCCAACCCUCCGUGGUCUUCUUGGCGUUGUGGUAUAUUGUGAAACUUCCAGUAUUUUUCGGCGCUGUCAGUCUGAAUGUAGACAACGUCAAAGAGCUUUGGUUCAGGCUUGGUUUACUGGGCGAGCGUCACAGCCCUGAUCGGGAUGUCAUGGAAGCUAAUGCACCCUUCCGGCUCAUCGUGCUGGGUUGUAUGCUAGCGAAUAAAUGGCUAGAUGACCACACCUUUUCCAACAAGACAUGGAACACCAUCUCCAAUCUACCUGUUCAGAGCCUCAAUAAGCUGGAGUCGUUGGCCCUUGACAUCUUCCACUAUGACUUAUCCAUCUCCCCGAACGAGUGGUCACAGUGGCUCUCCCACCUCAUGUCUUACCAUUUGUCAUUGUCAUCCCCAUCGCACCCACAGCCGAUUUCGCGCCCAUCCACAAAUCCGUCGUCAAUCAUUCGCAUGGCAAUUGAUGAAAUUGUUCAAGCACCGGCUGCUAACAAUUUUGACCCUGCCCAUCCACAACCUGUGUUCCUUGGGUUAGAGGAACGUAAGAGGGAAAGGAUGCAAAAGGAACAGGCGACUAGCCCCAUCGAGUUUGAUCUCGAUGAGGAUGGACCUCUCAGGGAAGAGUAUGUGCCGAAACGACGUAUCAGCAACUCCAGUACCGUUCGCAACAAGUACCACGAUCACGGCGAGCAACUCCCAUGGCAGAUGAACCAAAAUGGAGGGAAAAGUCUUCCUCCCCCGGCGAGGUGGAGUCCCGCUGCCGACGAGCCUAUCUUCCGGGAGAGUAACCGAAUGUAUAACCGCUACGUGGCCGUACAGCCCACUCCAGGCACUGCAUAUCCCUCAUUCCCUUCAUACCAACCUGUUCGAGAUGCUUAUCAGAGUCAGUGGAUGUUCAAUGCCUAUGCCAACGCCGAAGUGCAGCCAGGAAUAGGUUAUUCGUACGAAAUGCCCGUCCUCCAACACCCGCCACCACCUCCGGUCUAUAACCAUUGUGCUCCAUUUCUGAUUCCAUCGCUCCCCAUGUCUCGUUCUCGCUCCCAGUCUCUCUCUCACGAUCAAGAUCCUUCACAGUCGCGUGAUCACAUGCGCUCUUUCUCCCAGUCACGUACUGAUGCCAGGCAUACCGAGAUGCAUAUGUGCAGCCUUGAGCUCCCACCUCUCUGCCAGAGUGCGGAUAUGGGGUGGGGAUCUACAUAUGCCUAUCACCACGCAGUUUUCGCCCCUUUACCUGCCAACUAUCUGUGGCUCAGGACCUGAGCCUUGAUGCCCUAUCCUCCAUCUUCUCUGCACAUUAGGAGGACCUCAAUUAUUUUUUUACAACUUCCUCAAUAGACUUACAUGUUUCCCAUCUGUCUUUCGCCAUUCCAUUGUCACGCUAUCAUACCUCCGUCCGAUAUUUCAUGGGCACUAAUGCGUUUGGUGAUACCCUCGGUCAUUUCCCCAAGCGAUGGUUGUAUUUGUGGCCUCUUUCGACUCUCUUAUCAUCAUUGUCCAUAUUCGGUUCUUUUGGUCUUUCACAUCAUUUGUGUGAUACUGUUUCUUCGGGCCCCCCUCAUCUACGACAUACCACUGCCCACAUUAAUGGCCCUCCGUUCUUCCACAUUGUAUUCAAACAUAAUUUUUGACUGGUCUAUCGACCUCCGAGGGGGUCGACCGCACAUACGCUCCGGCUCCCAUCGGUGGAAGCGGAGCACAUUCACGACCGUCUCGUGCGAUAGAAGUUUUUGGUUGACACCAUCUUACGGACUAAACAACUCGGUGCAUCCUCUCUAGUUGCACGCUCCCCAUAAUUUCGCCGUGCUGUUCCUAUUAUUAUCUCUCGCUGUUCUAUGUUGCAAUCACCUUCCUAUUUCUUCCUUUCCUUUUGUUACAGUUGAUAUCCUCGGUAUUUAUUCCGUCGACUUCUCUUACUCGCUCUUCGAUUCCCUCAUCCCUCGCUCCAUGGACAUCACUGCGAUGUCCAUAUCCUUCUAUAUCUGGUGUAGCCCACCUUCCUCCACAAAUUGUGGAUACCGAUUGGAGACUUCCAGGUCGGUGUUUAGAUCCUGGAAAAAAAACCCAAAAACACAUCUACUUACUCGAUUCUCUUCAUCUCUUUCUCCUGACUUCUUUACGUGGACUAGUACCUAGUUCGGAUUUGAUCUCUUCUUGAAAGCGUCCUACCUACCUUUAACCUCCACUGUCCCUUCUCCCCAAUUCGCCACCUCUUCCCCUCUUCUGUUCCAUAUUGUCCGAAUCACCUAUCUUUCCUUUCUUCCGCCUGAUUCCCACUUCGAUUGUUAUGUACGUAUUAGCCUUUCAUACGUAUCUAAGUAGUUAUGUUCGCGGAAUGUCAAAGAAUUCAGAAGUCCUGCUGACUUUUGUCUUCUACGUUUACGCCA